AUGGCUUCAACUCAACCCAACAACUUUUUCUACCCACAUAUUCCUCCUCCUCCGUCACCAUCACAACCCUUCAAUCCUCCACCACCACCUUCACAUUCCUUCAACCCACCGCCUCCUUCACGCUUCUUUAACCCUCCACCACCACCCCUUAAUCCACUUUCUCCUCCUCUACCUUUUGGAUCGCCGCCGCCGCCGCCACCGUCACCUCGUCCAUUUUCUCCUCCACCCCCGAAGGUGCGGCCACCACCGCCACCUCGUCCCGUUCGUCCUUCUCCACCGCCACCACCUCGUCCUGUUCGUCCUCCUCCCCUUCCCCCUGCCCCUCUUCCACCUUCACCCUCUCCGAACAACCCCACAAUCAUAAUAGUCGUGGUUGUCUCAUUGGGUGGUCUCUUGUUGCUCUCAAUGCUCGCUUUCGCUCUAUUCUGCUGCGUUCAGAAGAGGAAGAAGAAGAAGAAUACGCAAGAAACCGAGGUCAUUCACUUUGAUGAGCACAAAACGAUCAAAGAAACGAUCGUACCUGGUCCUUUUGGACGCAAUACAGUGGUGGUAACUGUUGAAGAUGAUGUGCAUGUCGACGAAGAAAUCAAGAAGAGUGAGAAAGUUGGUCACGGUUUGCAUGCCAAGUCAUCUUCUUCACCUGAAGCAGAUCAAGGUACUUCUAGCAGCAUUGUUGAGUUGGCAACUACUCCUCCUACUGCACCUGAACAUCAUCACCAGCUUCAAAACAAGCCAUGA